GUUUCCUGUAGCAAAAGGUUACCUACAUUAACGUUGUGGGUAUCAUACGAUCGGCACAGUACAUAACGGAUAGUCAUCGCGAACGAUCGAAUUAUUCCGAUUUCUGUAUUUGUCGGUCCCCGCGAAUUCGCGAUAUUAUAAUCAGCCGUUUCACGUGAACGUUCAAAUGGCCGCUGCCUUCGUUUAAAAAAAAAACAACGAGAUAUUUAAUAAAAUUUAAUCGUACCUAAACUGUUUUAUAUAUAUAUAUAUUUUUUUUUUACGAAUCCUAGUCACGGCUUUGGAAUGUAUUCUGUGGUGAUAAUAUCGUUGUGCGGGUUAGUUGCCACAUAUGGCCAAAUUACCUACCAAGAGCCGUCCGUAGUACCUUCAGUGGUGAGUUUGGACGAUGCCGACACACCGAGUGCGUGGAUAUCAGAUCUGCUUUAUCAAGGGUUAGCUAACUUUUCCGUCCGGAAUGUCGGUAGCACGGCUUGCCGCCGACAGACGGAAAUGUACGAAAGGAAUCUACAAAAUUACACCAGUUGGGCGGUUAGAAGUGAGCAUCUAUAUUACAUACCUAUUAAUUGUUUAUAUUAAUAAAAGAAAAACGUGUCUGUCUAUUCGUGACCCACAGUCAAAUCUAUCGUAGGUGCGCAGAGGUCUGAAAAUUUACAUUCAGAAAAGGAUGGAGAGGUGGGUAAAAUCCCUUAUAAAUGGACUUUGUAAUUUAAUCUCUAAGAUUUAUAGACAGUGAUCAAAUUAAAUAAUGAAAUAUAAAUAAAAUAAUUUAUAUUAUAUUAAAAUAUAGUUAGUAAAGAAUAAACUAAUAACAUGAGUCCAAGUAUCAUUAUUAAUAACACAUAUCAAAUUACAGUUUAUAUACUUUAUUAUUUUAUAUUAAUAUUAUGUAAUUUAGAUUAAAAAAAAAUUUAAGUCCGAAAUUCAGCCAUUUAAAACCCUGCCCAACAAGAUUGGAUAAAUAAGUCCGUGUGCACUUGGAAGCUGGACAUCGAAUUCAAAUUCUAGUGGCAGAUAUAUGAGUUUUGGUAUUUUUCGUACAUAAAUUGAAAUCCAUUUGCGAUUUAUUCAUAUAAAAGAAAAAUAAAUUUCAAUUUCUUAAAACUAACACACGUUCUACGUCGAAACACAGAUACUACAAAAAGUAUAAUAUAAACUUGAUGUAGACUUGAAUCAACGGUUUGAUUAGUUAUCUUUUUUAAAAUCGAAAAAUCACGGAGACGAUUAUAAGUUAUCAAUAACAUUUUUUAUCAUAAUAAAUUGCAAAAGUAUUACAUUAAAUAAAAAUAAACUUCAUGAUUCUAAUGCGUUUUUUGAAAUUAUUUGUAAGUACUUCCUUUAAUAAUAUUGGAAAACAAAUAAAAAAUUGGUGGAAAGUUUAGGUAGGUUGGACACAUAAAGUUAUCAAUGCAUAUUGAUACAAAUGAAAUGGGUCAAUGUUAUAUAUGUUUUGAAAUGCCAUAAUUUUUACGUUUUUCGCUAAAAUUUGUUCUUAAAACUCUAACAAACAAAAAAAGGCUACAUUAUGCUCACCAUUUUUUUUUUUGACCACUGAAUACAACUUAAAUAAGAUACAUAUAUAAUAAGAUAUACAUAUUAUAUAUCUUAUACAGGGUCUUUCAAAUUGCAUAACAUAUUACAAUUUUUCAUGAGUUACUUAUUUUUUUAAUAAACUUACUCAUUUAAAAACUUUUUAUAAUCAUAUUUUUUAAAAUGUUAUAUUCUUAUUUCUCUCACCUUUAUUUUCGGGGGUAAAUCGGCUACCUACUUUUAUUUUCAAAUAUCAACUUAUAUUAAAAAUUCCAGAGACGGAGUAUUAGAUUAAAUACAUUUUGGUGUUGGUAUUUUUGAUUUUCGUCAACCCGCUGAUUAAAAAAUAAUUCCAAUUUCAAGUUUAGGUAGGGGAGAGUAGCGGAGCAAUAUUUAAAAUAUAUCUUCUUGCCCAAACUUAAAGUGAAUAUCUUGUCAAUGGGUUGACGGAAAUCAAAAACUUUAACACCAACAUUUAUUUUAACUAAUACUUCAUAUAUUUAUGGAAUUUUUAGUAUCAACUAUAAGUUACUAUUUGAAAAUCAAAAAAAUAUAACCAUUUUAACACCAAAAAAGAUUACGGUGAAACUCUAUUAUUGAGUCAUCAAAUAGAUUGUAUUUAUAGGACUUAGGUAUAUAUUAUGAGCUAAAAAUUACAAUGCUCAAUAUCACAAAAAUAUUAUAAUUUAUAAAUAACAUCAUGAUAUUUUGUUCAAUCAUGAAGUACGCUAUCUUAAAAAUAUGAAAAUAUAUGCACAUUAAGAUAUUCCAUUUGUACUAAUUGUAUUUGUUUCAAUUGGUAUACUGUUUGAUCGCCGUAAAACUAUGACUAAUUUUUAAAUAUUCGUCAAUGAUAAAUUUAUUAUUUAUAAUUAAUUUUUUAUUUCAUUACAAACUGCAAAUGCAUGUUUUACUCUACAUCAUAAACCAAUAAAAAUUCAAUAGGUAGAAAAAACCUGGGAGGGUUUUGGGGAGACUAUUGAAUUUUCUUUUUUUUUGAGGGGGGGGGCUUAUGCGCCUACGAGUCUUAAGAGUUUUUUGUACUAUAAAAAUUUAAAACAUUUUUUUUCAAAUUUGUUUUAUGAAGUACCUAGGUAGAUCGAACUUUAUUCGUAGAUAUAUUUUAUUAAACUCAAUAAAUGAAGAAUUUAAAAUGUAUUUCAGUGGCAGAAUCGUGGGAUCGACGUCCGGUUGGUAUACUCGCAGGCAACAGGUAUCAUUUAGGUGUUUAUGAUGAAUGUGUUGACAUAGAAUUUCCUGUAAGGGGGCAGUAUUGCAUACCUGAAGUAAAUAUAGUUACAGCGACGGGAAAAGAUUUCAGAUUUAACAGAACAGAUGACAUGAAUUACUAUGGCAUCAACCACGCUUGGAACACCAUAUUAGGGGUACGUUAAAUUAUUUCGUUAACAAUGUAUUAGAUAUUAUAUUUAAUAAUUGAUUAGUAAUAUUUUGUAUGAAAUCUUAGUAAGUAAUAUGAGUAAUAAAGAAAAAUACAAUUUGUAAUAUUAUAUGUAUUUUAUUAGUCGUAAAAAAAAAGGGAAAAGAAACAAAUAGAUAUUAGCAAUAUUAAAAUUAAUAAGAAUACUAUUAUAGUGUAAUAGUACUAUAAUAGUUCUUCACGUGAAAAAUUUUUCAAUGUUGUAAAAAUACAAUACAAUACUUGCAGUAUACGUAUGCAGUGUCAAAUGAAAACUGUUAGCAAUUUACUAUACUUAUACCUAUUAUUCGUUAUAAGUUAUAACAAAUCCGUUAUUUGAUUGAAAGAAGUUGUCCUCCCCAACAAGUAUUAAAUGUGUAAGUGUAGUUUAUAUUGUAUUUUUCUAAUGUCCCUCUUUAAAAUUAAAAGAAAAUAAAAUAAUAUUUUAUGAAUAAAUAUUAUCUCUUAUACGAGUUGAAAAUUUUAUAUUCUAAACACUGGUUCAAGGAGGGGGUGUCAUAUUGGGAAUUACCUAACUUAAAAAUUGAUAGUUAAUUAUUAUAUUUGACAACCUAAUAAUUAUCGGCGAUAGAAAAUUACUUUUAUAAUGGAAAAUAUUCAUAAAUCAUAAUAAUAAUGUAAUAAUGUGUUAUGCAAUUUUUACUGGACCUUCCAGUCAUUAUGGUGAUACCGAUUUAGUUGCGUAUUAGGUAUAUCGAUAUCUUCAAGUUAAUCAUCAUUGCGAUAUUUCAUAGAACGAUUGACGAACACUGAGUUUUGUAUAUAUACAAUAUUAUUGUUACAAAUAAUGUGUAAGGCUAUGUAACGUUUGGUGGAUGGUGUUUGAAUUUAUAACAAUUAACUCUUCAAUUCCCAUUUUUUUUCACACAAAAAAUAUCCUAAACUAAUUUUGAUAUGCUGAAUUUUGGAAAAAUAAUUUUAAAACGCCUGUAUUUGAGCUUCUGUAUAAGCUUAUUAAAAAUUUUUACUUUUAUAACUAAAGUACUAAAACAAAAUUAAGUAUAACUACUGCGUAAUUAAUUAUUUGUGUGUAAUAAAUGACUAAAAUACUUUAUAUAUACCUUACAAUAAUUUUAAGUUUCAUCUCCGGUGAUUUAAGAUAGUAUUUUUCACUCAAAACAUAUGUUAUAAAUCAAGAAAAUAAAAACCACUCUAGAGAAAAAUCACCAAUUAACGUUAUCGAGUUUGAAACAUGUUAAAAAACGGGAAUUGAUGUGCGUAUCGAUAUAAAAACAUAAAUUAGUGUCUGAACUGUUCGUUAGAUAGUGUAACGCAUUUUUUGUAAUCCGUAUGUAGCGUAGAAACAUAUUAUUUUAACAUAUUGCAUACUUGCAAUAAUAGGUAUUGAAGAGUUAAAAUGUUGACCUUCGACAUCUUUUCAAAAAAAAUAUAAAAUUUCAAACAAUUUUACAUAGAUGUAUGUUUCAAUAAACUACCUUAUUUACAUAAAAUACGUCAUAUUAUUGUUCUAUUUUAUUUAUAUUCAAAGAACAUAUUACUGUAUCUAACGUUUAUUUAAGACAUUCUGCAGUAUAAUAUAAUCUUAAAAAUAUUUUUGUUUCCAAAACCAAAUGCAUAAAAAAAGCAUAAUCGAUAUUUUUGAUUAUUCUUUGUUAAUAUAAUGGGAUUUGUGUUGUUUUUUUUAGUGGAUUGAUUAUCCCGAUCAAGUCCAACGAAACGUUAUGCACAUAGGAAUAUGCAUUCCAGAUUCUUGUACUGCUCACGACCUUCAAAUAUCACUGCAAAAAGAAUUAGACAAUGUGCUGUUAACCGAACAAGUCAAAGCUUUUGUUAAAGUGAAUCCAAUUACGUGCACUGUCAGCGGAGAUAUGUAUUCUUACGAUACGGGAUAUUAUAUCACUACGUAAGUUAAUAAUAUUACUAACAUCAAAAUAGCUAUUAUUUGUAUUUAUAUUAUGAACUAAAAAUAUACUAUUGAGCUAAUUCGUAGUGAAUAUCAAAUGUCUGUAGUAUGUGGGGUGCAGGGGGGUUCAAAAUGUUAAACACCGGGAAAAAGUAUGAGAAAGCCGUAAAAAACGUAGGAAAACCGAGAAAAUCGGUAAAACAUUAAUCAAAUAUUAUUAAAGAAAAUAUGUAAAUCCUAUUUAACUAUUUUAUUAUAAUAUGGCAUAUAUAUAGUUGACAAAGAAUCACUAUCAACCGAACUCCACUCAGAAUCGUUUUUUCAUAAGCAAUGGUUUAUCUUUAUUAAAUGUAUACCUAUUAAAUGUAACCUGUGUGGCUGCACCCGUUACCAUUAUCUUUGGAUGUAUUUUUGAUUUUGGAUUACUUAAAUUCGGAUUUUAAUUUUCGGAUUUAAAAAAUAUGAAUUCCGAAAAUUAAUAUUAUCAAACUUCAGAAAAUCCGGAUUUUUUGCACCACAAUUGGGAAGGUCUUCAGAAUUUAUAUCGAUUCCAAGUUCAUAUAAAUGGAUAGAAUUACGUUUUGGUAAAUUAAUAAAAAUUUUAAUACUUUUUUAUCUAAAUUAAUACAACCAGUGGUGGAAUUAGAAUUUUGUUAAGGAGAGGGAGGAGCGAUAUUCAUAGUUAAACACUAUACUUCCCCGAGGGAAAGAGAGCAAAUAAUGCAUUAAUAAAUGAUAAAAAUAACUCGUAAUUUAGUUUUCAAUUAUUAUUAGUAUUGCCCUAUGGUUAAUGACAAUAAUGACGGUACUUCACUAUAAGAAACGUUUUCAUUCAUAUUUAACAUUUUAGCAGUAUGCAUCGACCAUAAUAUUUUAAAAUGCCUAGUACAUCAAUAUUCAAUAUUAUAAUAAAGUGUAGAAAUGUUGAUAAUUUUAUUCUGUAUUUCUGUAAUAUCUUAUAUCACCAUAUUACCAUAAAUAUACAAAAAAUAAUAUUAGGUAUAUUUCAGUAAAAAAAAAAAAAAACAAGGGGAAUCAAUUUACUGUAUCUCCCCCUUAUAAAUAUGCCACUGAAUACAACGUUUGGAUACUUACAUUAUAUUUCAUGAAAAAUAAUACAAUAGUACCAAACUUAACGUACACGCACAUUUGAGUCAAAUGUAAUACUGCUCUAAGAAAGAUAUUACCCUAAAUGUAAACCUAAAACCUAGUCAAUAAAAAAUUAUGAUGGGUUUAGAUAAAUCGAGGAGGUGGAAAAACCACAUAAGGUAGAUCACAGGAAUUGGAAGAUUUCAGAAUAACACAAACGUGCUAAGGGAUACUAAAUUUUAGUUUGUUGAUAUAAAUUAUCGUGUUUUAGUUCUUAUGUGUUAAAAUUAAAAUGUGGAAAUAUCAAUAUUUUCUCAAAUGUGUUGUUACUAAAAGUACUUGAGAUCGCAUUAUAAAUUACCAUACAUUUUAAUUAAGAAUUAAUAAUGAAUUAUGCAGUUUUUCUGUUUAGCUUAAUAAUAAUAAGUACAUUUAGGAGGGAAGCAAGGAUAGUCUAUAACAACCAAUAACAUUAAUAUCAUACACGAUACACAUAUCUUACACUAAAUUAAAUUAAAAUAAAAUAUUUCAUGUAAGACUUAUUAGUUUUUUUUAAAAUUUUAGAUUUUGAGUGGAGAGAAGAAGCUUAUUAUUUUAACAAAAAUGUUUUUAUAUUUUUUUUAUUUAUCUGUGCACAAAUUUUCUACCAGAAAUCUUGCUCCGAUUUACAAUGAUAGCACUUUUUCUAAAAUUAAAUCCGACUGGUGAGGUACUUUAGAAAGGUCUUUUUUCAAUUUUCCCAAGAAUUCCCAGCAAAUGUGAAAGACCGGGAAAAACGUAGGAAAAACGUGAAAAUCGAUACAAAAUUAAACAAAUAUUAUUAAAGAAAAUAUAUAAAGCCUAUUUAAUUAUUUUACUAUAAUAUGACAUAUAUAUUGUUUACAAAGCAUCACUGUCAAUUGAACUCCCUUCAUUUUUCGUUAGCAAUGGUUUAUUGAUGCUUACAGGUAUACAUGAAAUUACCGAUAACAAUAGCUGCAUUCGUCUCCAUUAUUUUAGGACUUCUUUUUUAAUUGCAUGCCUAUUUAACUACUCUGUACGAAAAAAAAAAUCGAGUAUCAAUAUAAUCAUACAAUUAAUACAAUUUCGUAAUUACAAAUUACUAUUAAGAUAUUUGAAAAACAUUUUAAAAUGUAGUAUAUAAUAAUAUAAUAUACAUAAUUUAUACAUGCAUUGACAAUAUUAGUACAGGACUUUUGUAAUCGUAUGUUAUUAUUAAUUUUUAAUUUGUUUUCAGAUCACUAUUAAUAAUAUUAAUUUUGGUCUGUUUUGGUGCAACGAUACAUCAUUUCGUAGCAUUGUCAUACUACAAAAAUAAUAAAGAUGCCCGUAAGUAUAUAAAUCAUUUUUAUUUAAAGUUGUUAACUUACUGGAAAAUGGUUUGUCUUUGGAUUGGUAUAUAAUCGAACCAAAAUGUGUUAAUCUAUGCCUCCCGUAGAAUAUUAUUGAAAAGUUGUACCUAACUAAUUUUCAGAUCAGUUUUUACUGUCAAUAGAUGAUUAUUUGUAAUAUAAUUUAAAUUUUAUACUAUGUAUAACAAUAUAUUAUUUAAUUUACAGAUGUUGAGCCUGAUUCAAUUUACUAUUCGUUUUCAUUUAUUAAGUCGAGCCGAGAAUUGUUAAAGUUUGAUAAAAACAAUGAAUUGAAUUAUAUAAAUGGUUUUAAAGUUAUUGUAAUGCUUGGUGUUUUAUUUGGUCACAGAGCCAUGUUUUUUUUGGGAAACCCUUUCAGUGUUAGUAAAUUCGUAGAAAAUGUAAGUAUAAAAUAUUUAAAAACAUAUGUUAAUUAGUAAUUAGUUAAUGGAUUUAUUUAAUGAGGAAUAAAUAAUCAUACUACUACUUGUAGAAUUAAUUUUUUUUUAUUUUGACGUCUUUUAGACCAUUAUCCAAACAAAUCCGUUCCCAUCCAUCCGGGUUUUCUACUAGUUUCCGCCAAUUUGUAUUCGGAUGAAAAACUACCAUUUCACUCAUUUUUACAAUUUUCUUAGUUUCUUCAGUAAUAUUAUUUUCACCAUACUUCUUUGUUUUCUCCUUACAUAUUUCGCCCACUCCGGAUUUUACCUUUUAAUUCAGUUUACUAUAUCUGGUCUGAUAAAAAGAAUUCUUAGUUCUUUGUUAUAGUUUCUUCGCCAUUUAGCCAUUUUAAUAUGCACAACAUUAUAAUGUCAAAUUUAUUGUGUAUGACUUGUAACCAUCUAAAGUUUAGACCUGGAGGGUUAGGGAAGACUUAUUAAUUUAUCAUUUAAAAAUAGAUAUUCAAUUUAUUACCCUUUCCUAGGUAUAUACUUAUUUAAGGUACAUGGAGUUGGGGCAAUAAUUAAAAAUGAUUAAAAAAAAAAAAACCGAAAUCAAAUUCACUUAAACCCUCUGAGAAAAUUGUUGGUUCAUUUAAAAAAAAAUUGCCUUAUAUUGAAAAUUAGGUCUUACUGAGAGAACUCAUGUGAAGUCAAGGACUUAUUAAUUUUUUGGUAGUUAUACUAUUAAUACAACAAGAACAAAACUAAUCAUUAAAAUACACAAUUGAAAUAAUACAAAUCAAAAAGAGGGAAAACAUAAAGAAAAUCAAGUAUAUUGUUAUUUAAAAUUGAAUGAAACUAUUUUUUUUAGAAUAAGAAUUACAAAUCACAAUAUUUACAUCAAUAAAUUAUUAACAAAUUAAUCGCCACUAUAAAUGUAUCAUCUAAGUCUAAUAACCAAAGUAAAAUUUUUUUUUUAAUUGUUUAAGUGUAAAAUUUGCAAUAUUAUUUGGUAUUACUGUCAAUAAAUAUCUUGGUGCCAAUUAUUUGAAAAUGUCUUCAUGAUAUUGUUUUCUUUGACAAAAUCAUUAAAUAGUUAUUUUUAGCAUACUUAGUAUUGAUGCCGUUGUACGUAGGUUUUUUAGAAAUAUAGGAAUUGUUUCAUAACAAAAUUUUCUAAUAGUUAACAUAUACAGAUCUGUAUACAGAGUUUCAGUUGGCUAUCUUUGAUUACUAAGAAUAACAUUCAAAAUUUGAUUUUUGACAGACUUGUAAUUCUGUUAAAACUUUAUCAAACGCUUCACUCUAUCUAACUAUAUUAUAUAAUUAAUUAUAACUGAUUCUAUCAAAGCUAAAUAUAUUUGAUGCGGCUUGUGUAAGUCUAAUAUAUUACGAAGAACUCUAAAAAUAUAAAUGAUCUUAAUUGGGCAUAUGAUGUUACGGGUUUUACAAACUCCGGACACAGAGCUCUUACUGGUGAAAGCCCAAGUGGGUGAUUAUAGUAGGCAUAUAGUGUUAUUUCUGUAGAGUGGAGGAAUUCACUUUAAGUUGACAAUACCAAUCUCUCUGUAUAGGUUCCUAUGGAGUAUUGUUAUAAAUAAUUUUAAAAUAAAUUUAAAAUAGUUCUAUAAGGGUUAUGGGAUAAAGUCAUGACAAAUAUUACAUGACAGUAAAUACAAAUAGAAAAUAGAAAAACAGUUUUAAAAUUUUGUCAUUACUAUAUUAAAUUAGAUUAUUAUACUCAAAAAAAAAUAACAAUGUUCACCAGGGUUAGACUGCCCUAUAAAAUCAGCCUAGGAAUAUAUAUUUUACCGUUCCCAAAAUAUGCACAAUAUAAUAUUAGGCAAUCCUCUUCUGUCCUGGAUUUCUUCCUAUUGUACCGCUAGAAGAAAAUUUGUUUCCAUUAAUGGUGUUUCUUCCAAACUGGUUUCCAAACUUUGUUUUCCUACAGGGUGGGUAUUUCAGUCCACUUUUUUCGAAUAUGCGUUAAUUGUUCGCCGAAAAUAGUUCGAAUACGACAAUAAUUAUUCGCGCAAAACGUAUUCAAAUAAGUACGAUAAUAUUGUUGGCGUGAACAUUUUUUGGAUAUGAUCUAUACGACAGUCUGCCAGUGACAAUAUUAAAUUAAUAUCUUAUCGAUAGCUUUACGUUAUCGAACUUUAUAUGGAUUUCCUAAUGGGUUACGCUAUAGUAUUAAUAAUAGGUACCUUAUACUAGUACUUACAUCACACAAACCUAUGCAACAUUCAAGUAGUUAACAUUCACCAGUAUUUUGUCCGUUUUAUUUUAAUUUAUAUAUAUUAUAUGAAAUUUUAUAAUAAAUUACUGUGGCUUUGAAAUAUAUAAAACGUAACCUGGGUACAUAUAUACUCGUGUAUGAAAGAUAUAUGUUUUAUACAUAUUAAACUUAAUAGCCCCUUUACUGGUUGAACGUAUUUGAAAAGAUAAUGGACAGACAUUUCCCUAAAAUUAUCACAAUUUUUUUACAAACAAUUUAUUGUCGCAUUCGAAUAAUUUUUGUGGGAACUAUUUUCGACGAACAAUUGAUGUGAUACAUUUUUUUCAUAUUGUUCAUAAACUCCCUUAACGACAAAAACGCUAUUGCCAAAGCUCUUCUAUUGACCAAUGACCUUAAUUUAUUCAUCAAAGUUAAUUCUCUUUCUGACUGUUUUCAUCUUUAAUCCAACCUUGAUUCUUUCUAUAUUUGGAUUGAUAAGGUCAAUCUUUGUCUUAACUUCCUAAUUACUUCACACGCGACCAGUUUUGCAUUGAGUGCAUGCAGAAUAAGUUUUUCUUAUUACCCUUUACUCUUACCGAGUUAGGCUGAGUCUCCGUCGUCUCUUAUUUUCUUGAGGGUGCCAUCGACGUUCCAGAUCUAUUGUCAAUCAUCUUUUCCCGGGUUCUCUUCUACUCCACUAGAAUUCAUUCCCUGUUCUACUUGAUUCAACCACGCACGUCUCAUAGUUUUAAUAAACCACUGUUUCUCGUAUCUACUCAAUACUGCUUAAUCCGGGACUUUUCCAUCUCUCCCUUUUGGUUAAUUACCCCGAUUCUGCCACCCCUUAUACUUAGUUCUAGUUAACUUUAAGAUCAUCAUAUACAAAAUUGACUGUUUUAGAAUUUAAAUUAACAAAUAUUAUUUUUGCAGUUUUUUCUUGAUGGACCGAAAAUUUUGAAAUCCGGUAUGAAUAUAGUCGAUCCAUUUUUUUUUAUAACCGGAUAUCUUACGUACUUUACAGUUUAUCCGACGUUUUCUAAACCGGGACCAGGUUGGCUAAAGUUUGUAUCACCAAUUGUAUAUCGAAUUUUCAAGUGAGUCAUCACAGUUUUCGCACCGUUGUGUUUAACUGUAUUAAUUUAAAAUAGAAUUAGGAACUAAAAAAGACAUCAUCUACACAGUGUAGUUAUAUUUAUUCUCAUAAGAUAUCAGUAUGUUAAAAUAUAACUAAAAUAAUAAUGAACGUUAGUGAAUUUUCAAAAUUAUUUUAGAAUGCUACCGGCUUAUUGUGUGAUAAUGGCAGUCACAGCUUAUAUUGUACCACAUGCUGGAGAUGGCCCAUUCUGGCCCCAAAAUAUCUGGCAAGAAGCUGAGAAUUGUAAAAACUAUUGGUGGACGAAUUUAUUGUUUAUAAGUAAUUUUAUCGAUGUCAAGAACCAAGUGAGAUUUUAACAUUUUUUUAUUUACACUUAAAGUAUAAUAAAUUAUUUUGUAAUAUUGUUUUUGUAAUAAUUGUGUUAUUAUGUUACGCAGUGUUUGUUAAUAAGCUGGUAUCUAUCAUGCGAUAUUCAGUUUUUCAUAGUUGGUGUUAUCAUUUUAUACAUAUACUCGAAAAAUAAAAAAUCCGGCAUUGGGUUACUAAGCGUUUUACUUUGUAUAUCGUUUUGCAUACCAUUUAUUAUUACGCUUUUGACGAAUAGAGACAGCAUAGUAAAAUUGAACUUACCGUAAGUACCUUUUAAUAUAAUAAUACAAUAUCUAACUCGUUCUCCUAAACAGAAUAUUUAGAGAUUAUUUGGUUGCCUUAAAAAUAUUAUUACGCUUUUAUUGAUCCUAAAUAAUAGUUUAAAUAAGUCUAAUAUUAUCUAAUAAUACCUUUGUUCAAUAAUGUUAAUUUAAUAAACUAAUAUUGUUGAACGCUCUAAUGAUAUGUAUUGAACAAAAAACUAAUUUUAGAUUUUUAAAAAACCCAAGAAGUUCAUCAACGUUUAGCGAUUCAUACAGACCAAGUUACAUGAGAGCCAUUCCAUUUUUCUUGGGCCUGACAAUGGGUUUUAUAGGUCCAAAAUUAAAGGAAAGAAACAUACGAUUUUCACAGGUAGUAUUAUAAUUUAUACAAUUUGAAAUAAGCGAAUGUUUGUGUAAAAAUACCAUUUGGAUUUAUAGAUUACCGUAUUCGUCGGGACAUCCAUUGCGAUUGUAAUUUGUUUGUACGUUCAAUUUUAUGGGAAUAUAUUCUACCAAAGAAACAGACCUUAUUAUUCUAUAGAACAAGCACUGUACGCUUCGCUCAAUCAUUGUACCUGGACAGGUCUAGGAAUAGUGAUUUAUAUAUUCAAUAUCACAUCUGGUUAUGGUAAGGGAAAUUUUAUCCUACGUUUAACACCUAAGAUAUUAUUGAUUUAUAUUGGUAAAUUGGUAAUUACGGUAGGUAAUAUACGAUUAAUUCAAAUAAUUAGAUAGAAACCAUGUAUAUUACAAUCUAGUAAUCUUUGCUUAUACGCUUUUUCUUAUAUGAUAUAGUAUUAUAGUUGUAAAUACAGAGUGAUUUUUUUAAAUAAUAAUAAUAAUUUUAUUAUAAAUUAUUUCCAAUUUCAAAGUGAUAAAUUGACAGGGUAAAGUGACAGUUUAAUGAAUAUGAUGAAGGAAAUAAUCUAUUAAUAUUGAACAAUUAAAUUAUCAUGCAAAACAAACUAUUUUUAAUAAAUGUAUACACGAAUUAAUAUACUGAGUUAUGAAUUAUAAUAUAUUAUACAAAAUAAACUAAACUAUUAUUAAUAAAUUAAGGAUAUAAUAAAAUAAUUUAAGAUAGUAAACAGUGUUAACUGGAUAAAAUAUUUAACAAAAUAAGUAAAGUAUAGUGUUAAAUAUAUCUAAAUUAUGAAUUGAGUUUCCCGCGGUUACAAAAAUCAUUUGCCGUGGUGUAUAACGUAUUUUUUUUUAUUAAUUAGUGAAGGAUAAAAUAAUGAUUGGUUUAAUUUAAAAUUUGAACGCUUAAGAAGUUCAGGACAGUUAAUAAUAUUAUGUAAUAAUUUAUAAAGAAAUUUACAGUUCAACAAAUUUAUUCUUUAAGACAUUGUUUUAAAAAAACUACAAGUAACAUAAUAUUCUGAAUGAGGAAAUCUUUCUACAUGGCAUUUAUACGAUAAAUAUCUUAGGAAGUUAUUUUAAACUGAGGAUAAACUUUGAUUUUAUGUGAUAUUAUCAGUGUAACAAAUUAAGGCAAUAUAAUCAAAAUUUAUUUAUUUAUUUCGUAUGGAAUGGGUCUCAAACACAUAAUACACUAUUCACUUUCUAACUGUAACAAAUAUAGAAUAAUAAAAUAAAAACAGAACAUAAGGUUCUGGUAGUACACAUAUAGUUGUUAAAUAUAUUAUAUAAAUUGUAAACGCAAGUAAAAUAAAAUAAAUCAACAUAUAAUAAUAUUGUUAUAAAUAGUAGUUAAUUAUAAGUCUAAGUCAAGUUCUAUUAGCCAUUCUAUUGCCUCUUUGGUAGCUUUGUGGAUUCCUUCAGUCUCUUGUUCGAAUNAUUCCUUCAGUCCCUUGUUCGAAUGACCUCCUGGGACACGAUUCCACGAUGUGUUUCAUGGUCUGUUCCACUUCCCCACAAUCACACGCUGCACUAUCUUUGUAGCGGCAUUUGAAUAAUAAAGAUCCAUAUCUUCCCUGUCCUGUCCUGAUCUGAUUUAUUGUUGUCCAUUGGUUUCUUGGUAGUGACAUGCCUUCUAUUUUUUGGUCGGGUCUAGUAAUAAGAUCUUUAUUAGUAACAUGUGAUUUUGUCUACUCUUCAUUCCAUAAUGUACUACUACAAAAUUGUGUGUUGAUUAGGUUCUUUGUUGUUAAGCCAGAUGGUUUUCUGGAUUUUAGUCUAUUUAUCGGUUUAUCCCUUAGCAUUUGGAACAGUAGUGACCCUUUGUAGUUUAGGCAUGAAGUUAUAGUGUUGACUAGAGCCUCUUUCCUCCGGAUGUGGGGUGGUGCUAUAUUUGUCAGCACUGGGAGCCAAGGUGUUUGGGUUGAAUUUACAUAUUAAUGCAUUGUCUUUAACAUAUUUAAAUAAUGUUUGGAAUUGUUGAAAAACCUCAUUUGAUAGUGGAACAAAUUUUGAAAGCAAUAUUUUCAAUAAUGUGUGCACUGUUACCCCAUUAAUAGCUACUGCCGCCUUUCCAGUGGAUGCGCAUGUUACGUAAGCAUUGCAAUAGUCAUCAGUUUUAGAAAAUUGUUUGUAACAAUUCAUGAUGAAUUUAAUAACAAAUGUCUUACCAUAUUCGGUCCAGUGUUAUAACUAAGUAUUUUGGAAUGUAAUUGUGGUUUAAUUGUACAUUAUCAAAUCUUAUAUCUAGCGUUUUUCCAGCUUGUUUGUUAUUAAGGUGAAAUGCACAUACUUCUGUUUUAUUUGGGUUUAGUUUGAGUCUCCAUCUUUGGAAGUAUGUGUUCAGGGUUGUUAAGUCUUUUGCCAACACUCUUUCACCAUCCACCAUUUCCAUUGAUUGGUAGGCAACCGCAAUAUCGUCUGUAAACUGGAAUAUGGUGCCCUCCGUUUUUGGUAGGUCGCUCAUGUACAAGUUAAAUAGUGUUGGUGCUAAUACCGGCUCUUGUGGAAGACCAUCAUUCAUUUUCCGCCAUCUACUUCCUUUACUAUCUAAGAACACUCUUAGCAGGCGGUUUGUAAACAUAUUGUUAAUUAGCUCAACAGUGUUUCUACAAUUGAUUGUCUUAGUAAAUUUGUACAUUAAUCCUUGCCUCCAUACUGUAUCAUAGGCUGCCGACAGGUCAACAAACACAACACUGGUCUUUAAUGUCUUUUGGUAGCCACUCUCUAUAAAUGUAGUGAGGGCCAAAACCUGCUCAGUGCAGCUACGGUUUUUCCUAAAUCCUUGCUCAAUGGAGACUACUUUGUCAAUGGUUGGCUGUGUACGUUCCAAUAUUAGUCUUUCUAAUAUUUUGUACGUGACGCUCGAUAAGGACACUGGCCUAAAGUCUGCCGCUUCUUUACCUUCUUUUCCAGGUUUAAGUAAGGCGAUCACUUUUGCUCUCUUAAAUUGUUUAGGUAUAUGACCUUUUUCAAGUAUGACACUAUAAAAUUCCGCAAGCCAUCUUCUAGUGUACGCUCCAGAGAAUUUUAAAAAUUCCGGAUAUAUGCCAUCAAAACCUGCUGCUUUUUGCGUUUUUGUCUUUUUCAGUGCUGUUUCUAUUUCCUGUAUCGAAAAAGGUGUAUCAUAUUCCGAUUGCUUGCUUAAUUCGUUUUUAGCUUUUCUAAGUUUUACUUUGAUUUCCUUUCCAAAAGUUUUAUCCAUAUUUACCUUUGCGGCCUUCACGAGUCUAGACGCAAUAUCGUUUGGUUUGAUACAUUUUAUUUGUGAUGUUGUUCUUGUAUUUCUGUCUCCAAGUCUUUUCAUAAGUCCCCAUGCUUUGUGGCUUGAUCUUGUAAAGUCCAACCUUUCGACCGAUUCAUGCCAUCUCUGUUUGCGGUUGUUAUUAAGUACUUUAAGCAUUUUGUCUGCGAUUUCAUAAUCUCUUGUCCUUUGGAAAUCUUCGAAUAAUUUCUCACAGUUUUUAUCCCAUGUAGGGAUAAACAUUUUCCUAAAGCCCCUUAGUAUGUGUUUCUUUGCUACCGUUUUGAUAACUCCAAUGAAACGUUCGUAGUUAUUGGCUACUGGUGGAAUCCAUUGUAAGAGGUGGUCUACUUCCUUGGCAUAUUGUUUCCAGUUAGCACGCCUAAAAUUCCAGCGAGGUUUAGGAAUUGACCGAACCAUUGGUAUUUGCAAGCCGUAUUUUAUAAUUACUGGUCUGUGUUGGCUGUGGGGGAAGUUUCUCAUUACCUGACGUGUGACCAUUAUAUUGUCAUUGAGUGACGCCCUUGAGACUAUGCUUAGGUUUGGAGUAUAUUCUUUUUGCCAUCUAGCUGACAAGAACGUUCCUUUAUCCUUUGAGCUGUAUACAAGAUAUAGAUUAUUCAAUAUGAUCCAUUCGUCUAGUACAUCUCCGUUACUGUCAUUGCUGCCAUAUCCCCAUGCUGUGCUAUGGCUAUUAAAAUCGCCUAUAUAUAUAUUGCUGGGUGUUUCAAUACUUUUAUUGGAGGACUACACCAGGUUUCAUUGGGGGGUUUAUAUAUGUUUGCGAUGUUAACUUCAUUUAUUCUGGUUAUUAAGAUAAAAAUGUUCUCUGAGACUGAUUUUGAUAUAGUCUCCACAUCAUCUAAGUCUUCCUUCACGUACGUUGCAACACCAUAUUGUUUGUGAUGAAUUGAGUCGAGUAACAAAUAACCUGGUAUAAAUCCUCGUUUCUUUAGGUCCUUGUCGUCUACUGUGUGUGUUUCUUGUAAUGCGAUAACAUCAACUCGUUCAUUGUUCAUAAGUUUGCUCAAUACCUCGCACUUGUCUCUCGAUAUACCUUCGAUAUUGAAGUGGCACACCUUGAGGUUAGCCCCAAUAUCACGCGUCAGUUGGUCCUUAAAAGGACCGUUUUUAUUUGUCAUAUCAGUAUCAAGAUAGUGUGUUACUCAUGUGUUUGAUGAGCUGGGUAUCAGCGCCUAUGUGGUGGUAUUGGUUAUGCUAUUUUGAUUGCUUCUACUUGUUAGGUUUCGGCGUGUGAAAUAGCAUAUGCAGGGAGGCUCACGAGCAGGCUACCACCAUCCCCCCAUAAUCAAAAUGAGACCGUACUAAUGAGUAGUAUAUAAUUUUAAAUGGCAAUCGUAAAAAAGACGUUUUAAGAUAAAGGGGAUGGGUGCAACUACUGUUAUAGAAAAUUUAAUGUAUACCUGUAAGCAACGAUAAACCAUUGAUUAAAAAAAAAAACAAACGAUUCUGAGCGUAGUUCAGUUGAUACAUUGUCAACAACAUAUAUGUUAUAUUAUGGUGAGGUAAUCUAAAGUACCUCCUUAGUAAAAUUUCCUUUUAGAAACAUUGCUAUCAUUAAAAGUUGGAGCAAAAUUACAGGUAGAAAAGUUGUUAACAAGUAAAAAAAAAAAAAUAAACAUCUUUGUAAAACCAACAUAGAAUUUGCUCCACUUAGAAUCUAAAAUUGAGAACUAUUUAGUUAUAAUUCAUUAAAAUAAAUACAAUUUAUGCUACUAUUUCAGUUUUAGUGGCAUAAGUGUAUAAACUAGUCAAUGAUAUUAGUAUAUCGUGAUGGAUUUUUUUUUUUAACUAUUUAAUAGUAUAGUUAUAAUGUAUCCAUAUAUAUAAUGUCCCUAUAGAUACACCACUGAAUUUAUUAAUGUUUCACAAUUUUUAGUCUAUUAUGAUAUGUAAUUAUUUCUAUGUCCUUUAAGUAUAUUGUUAAUUGCAGCUUAUUCAAUAUGAUUAGUGAAUUAUCUCAUAGUUUUUUGGUUUGGAUUCAUACCGGUAUAUCCGUUGAUUUUGACUGCCCAACGAUUUGUACUGAGGGAGUUGAUUUCGUAGAACAGUGAAAAAAUUCUUUCAAAUUCGACUCCCAUUUUUUUUUUUUUUGAAUCCCUCUUAAUGGUCGUCGAGAUCUUCGAGGAGUCGAAAAUUCUUCCGGUUGUUUUCCGACUCCUUGAUGGAAAAUCGAUGUCUCUUGGUUUAUUUCGACUUCUUUUUAAAAUUUUCCUUAACUUUUACUGAUUUUGUUCUAUGUAUGUUUUUACUAUUUUUAUUAUUUUUAUUAAAUAUUUGAUUAUUUUGUAUAUAUUUUCUUAUUAACGAAGAUAAAAUACCAAUAGGUAUGUAUAUUGAAAUUAAUUUUAAUUAAAUAAUACUACAUAUUUAUAGGAUUUUAUACAUUUUUUAUGUUACUAAAUUAUUAUAUUAUUAUGAUUUAUGACCUUUCUUUGAUACAAUUAUUUUUAUGUCGUAGUUUUACGAUAGGUACGAUAGGUUUGAAUUACUUUUUUUUUCUGUUACACUUUUAACAACAAACAAUAACGAGAAUACUUUUCAGCGAGAAUAUUUCUUUUCUAAUAGAAUAUAAUAUGUACUUACUAUAAAUCAAAUGCAACACUUAUUGGUUAUUAUAAGUUUAAAAAUAAAAAAUUUGAAGUUAAAGCUUCAAGUUUUUAAUGUAGAUUAUUAUUUAAAAACCAAUUGGGUAGGUUUCAAUGCCAAGAAUAAUAGUCAUGAAACAUUAUAGAGUUGCUUGUUUUUAAAUUUUCUAAAAGGUAAAUUUUGAAAAUAUUUUCUAAGAUAAUGAGUGUCUUACGUUACAUUCUGUAUACAGUUUUGCUCCCUGAAAAAAUUCAAAGUGAUAUUAUAAUUUAAUAUAAUAAACAUUACUUGUUAAGUUAAAAAAUAUUGUUUUGUUAAUGAAUGUGACAAAAAAUUUAAUUCAUGAUACAUUUGUAGAAAAAUCUUAAAAAAAUAAGGGCCUGAAUCUGAAUGACCACACUUCACAAUUUCAUAUGCAAAUCAACUAUAAAAAGAUUUCAUAAAAUUAUAAAAUUUACAGAAUAUAAAGUUAAAUUAUUUUGUAUAAAUAUAAAACCUUAUAAUAAUAAAUACCUCUAUUAUAAUAUAAUGUUAUUCUAUGUUUCUUACAGGUCUAUUAAUGAAAGUACUUAGCAAUAGAUUAAUUAUACCUUUGGGAAGGCUAUCAUAUUCUGUUUUCUUGGUCAACCUUAUUGUAAUGAUGAUGUCACAAAGUACACAGAGAUUACCCAAUUAUGCUUCUAUGGAUAAUAUGGUGAGAAAUUUUAGUAAAUAAAUAUUAUGUUAUAAUUUAUAAAUAGUACUUACAUAAGAAUUGCUCUGUCCAUGUUGUGAAACUAAUCUUAAUUUAAUAUUUUUUAUUUUUCAGAUCAGGGUAGUGAUACAAGAUGUAUUUAAAACCUAUUUAAUGGCCCUGUCAUUAUACUUGGUUGUCGAAGCUCCAUUUGGAAAUUUGAUAAGAUUACUUUUCGGGCGAGGGUAAAUCCUUAUUUUUACAUACCUAAUAUAACGUAUACUGUUCUUUCUAGUUUUCCUUUAUCCAAAUUAUUAUUAAUUUUAUAAAAUAUUAUUAUUGUGAGAUCGUCAUCAUAUACUAAGUAGAGACUUGUAACUCUCUACUGUAGGAUGAAUUAUUACUAAUUAGGUAUUUAUUUAACAAUUUUUAGGCCGAAGAAAUGCUCAUCCGAAGAUUCAAAUGAAAUACCACACAAACCAACUAUUAGUUUAGAAUUUCAAAAUAAAGAGAUAAGUCAUUUGUAAAAAUUACAUAUUCUUGUCACUUUCUACUUAGUUUAAUAAGUAAUUUUUAUAGUGUUUACAUGUAUUUUAUGUUUGCAUUUUUAUUUUUUCAUAUUGAACUCAUAAUUGCAUAUAAUAUUUGUUACCAUGUUAGUAUAAAUUAUAUAAUAUAACACUAUUAUUAAUUUAUCAGCCGUUCAUAAUAAAAAUAUUCCACGCAUUAUUUAAUAUUUAUUCUUACAAAUAAAUUGUGUGCAUCAGUGAUCCAUGUUAGUACAGUCUCUUUCGAUUGUUUAGAUAAUUACUAUUGUAGACCUUAUUUGUAUUUUGGAAUAAUUUAUUGUUAGGCGAUUAAUUAAAAAUAAAGUAUGUACAAUUUUACUAUGUAUUUGUUUUUUUAUUUUAAAUAUAAUAUAUAUAUAUUAGCAGAACCCUGUUAGAAUGAGGAAUGCAGCAAUGCCAUAAAAAAGCCGGAAACACUGUUUAAAAAAUACAUGUC